AUGAAAGCCUCUAUUCCUCGAACGACGACCUCGGCAGAAUCAUCUGCUGCAUUACGGCAACUAUUUGGAUGGAUCGAAGCACGCUAUGGUGGAUUGCCCAUGGACACUGGAUCGGCGGCCGAAGUGAUCACGGCCGAUUCCUUACAACCAACCGAUCUGUCUCGGUUGUUUCGGCAUGACGCCACGGCGAUUCAUAUCCCCCAAUUCUAUCCCACAGAGGCGGCAGCGGCAUUCGGAAAAAGUUUGGCCAAAGAAGCGCAGCGAGGAAACGGCAUGAAUUGGAAAGUCUCCACAUCCAGAGGAUUGGAAAGCAGCGAUGUCACGACUAUGGGCGAACACGUCCCUUACAAUGUCGCCACUGCAUCCAACGACACGGAAGCCUACUUUGACGGGGUCCGUCGAGAAUUUCAGCAACGACGGCGGAAACAUUCGUCUGUAAUGCCCACGCUUUGGCCACUCGAUCAUUUGCGGUUGGAACUGGAUGAAGCUUGGACGCAAGGGGCCGGUCUGGCACGAGAGAGUCAGGGACAAAAGCGUCCCUUUGGAGGUGGUCUCCCCAGAGUCAUGAUGGGUCCCACGCGAUGGAGAAAAGGAUUUGUUCAUGUCGAUGAAAUGGGGCCACUCAAUCCACAUCAAGGUCUUUUUAGUGCCAACAUUUACCUCCAGCUACCCAGUGAUAGCAGCGACCGAAAGCAACGGGCUCUGGAAAUUUGGCCUCUGGGGAUUCGAAAUCGAUGGGAUUGGUACCGGAACGCACUUCUCUUGUCGGGCCUUUCCUCUCAAGAUCCUGAAAUGCAGGUGAUGCUUCGUGCCAAAAUGGGAGAACCCAAGUCAGUGGAUGUAGAACCAGGUGAUUUGGUGUUGAUAUGUACGCAACGGCCCCAUGCCGCAGUAGGGUUUCAGCAAGGGACUCGAGUGUCCUUACAAUGCUUUCUCCAAUACGAUGGCCCGGACAAGAGGCUGCUGAUUGACACAUAA